GCUGUUUACAGGGACUUUUCAUUCUUGCAUUGUUUGCUUAUGGAAAAUAAGGGGGAGUGACAGAAAGAAAGAGGAAAAAAAGAGAGAGAGAGGAACGGGAGAAGGGAAGAGAGGGAGGCACUGACCGCAGUGCAAACCAGAAGCCCGAUCAUUAACCUCAGUGGAAAACGCCGCUGGCUCCUCAUCGUGUCCCAGGCAUGUGAGUUAAGCGGGGGCUGCCUGCCGCGCCGCUGCCUCCCACAGACACGAGGGAACGGCUGCUCUACGUUUCUUCGCCUGUGUACAGAGACCCACAGCCUUGGAGCGCCUCUCCGCUCACCGCAGACAUGAGGUUCCAACUGCUUCUCUGCAUCGUGUUUUUUCUGCUGGCCUGCCUCCUCCCUGCCGGCGGGCAGAGGCCAGCCAACUUGGCCCUACGCAGGAAGCUCCACCGGCACGGCUGCUCCCACCGGCGCUGCGUGCCGCUCCACUCCAGGGUGCCCUUCCCCUGAGCCCCGGCAGAGCAGAAGCGAGCAAUUUCAUAAUGGGCUUUUCAGUGUUUUAAAGGAGCAAACAAUUCAGCCGAUGGAGAAGUUAUCCAGAAGUCCAGAUCGACACCAGCUGACCUGAUAGAGCCAUCCACCACAGUCCAUCUUCAGCAGUCCCAUUGAUAACAUUCCGCAAGACCUGGAAAAAAGGCCUCUGGCCCCUUCUUUCCCCUUGGAAGAGGAGGGGGGAAGAAAUGGAGACUGGCGAUGGGAAAAUGUACAUGAAUCUCAUCCGGUUAAAACAUAAACAUUCCAUAUACCUUCUGUGGCUCUCAUAACAACUAGUGAAAGUUAAAGACCAAAACAAAACAUCAGGUACCUGAGAUGGAUUUCCAGUGGCAUUAAGAAGGAUCUGUCCAAGAGGACUUAGUGAUCUGUACUGUUCAAAAUGAGAGAAAUUGGAUGUGCUGUUGACUACUCAAUUAAGGCUGUGUGUAGGGCAAAAUAGUGUCAGACUCCAGCACAGAACUGUGAAAGUCCAUUUUUUGUUUAUACUUUUAUAUAUUGAUAAUAUAUACGUAUAUGUUUUAACACCUAACAUUUAAUCAUCGUGGAAUUGCCUUAAUAAAAACAUAGACUGUAUUACUGUAAUAGUACCAAAGUGGGCACCACAUGAGUGGUCCUACUGGCUUCAUGUAUAGUAAGCAUAGUAAGAGUUUACAACAUAAGAAAGCAAAGAGAGUAUUAUCCUUCAUCCUAUAGAUAGAGAAUUGAAGCACACAGAGAUAAGAGAUUAGCCAAGGGUCAUGCAACUCAGAUAACUCUGAUCUCUCAAGUCAGGCCUUAAGGUCAAGCCCAAUGAGCUGUUACUUCGAAGCCUAUCAUUUGUUUUCUUAAACUAAGCUGCCAAACCAGACAACUAAAAUGUACUUGAAAAUUCAGUACCAUACGACUGUUUGCUUAGUAGUAGUUUUCCUAAAACACAUGCUACUGCAUUAUAAAUAGAGCAUAAAAAUAGACCAUUGAAAAGAAAGCUUUGUUUGGUCAACCCCAGUGUUGCCUAGUGCUCUAUUCCUGUAAUUUAAAUGAAUGGGGCAUUUUAACACUGGCACUACAAUGAAUGAGAACUUCAAACAGAAAACAGGCUGUUAUUUUUAGCUCUGGAAGUCAGGAAUACACUGAGCUUUUAUUUUACAUUUCAUUUUUAAAAAUACAUGUUUCACAUCUCUUUAUAUCAGCAGAAAUUGCAAACUUACGUACAAAGGAAAACAUGGCAGCCCUUUCAUUACCAGAGCUCAAACCAACCUGAAAAGAAAUCAUACCCAGGUUUUUAAGUCAUUGCACUAGACUUUAAAUGUCAACACAAUUUUUUUAUAAAUUGUAAAAAAGGUGAUUGAAGAUCAGCAAUGUCCUGGUUUAAAUCCAGUAUUAAAUUUCUGUCUUGCAACACAGUUUCCAGCAAGUGAAAGAACAGCAAUCAAGAAACACUGGAUAGCUGAAACUUUCUAAUCUGUGUUUAUAUGUAAUUUUUCAUCUCUUAAGAACCUGAAACCUAAAUCAGAUUCAUGCUGGCAGAGCUUAACAGGAGUUUCAAAUUUCUCUAUAUAGAAAAAGAAAUAAAUCACACCCUAUUCUGGAGUUUUGGAAAUUCAUCAUAAAAAGAUGGUCAAACUUGGCUAUACUAACAAACAGCCCUGCAGAUAAACCUAUGGAGUUUGGAAAAAAGAGCAGUUUUCCAAAACAAAAGUCAUAUUACCACUGGUUUUAAUUUUUAGUUAUUUAUUUAACUUAGCUUUCAUAUUUAUCCAUGGCUGUCUCAGUUUAGAAGUACACCUAAAAGGUAUGGGAGAGCAAGAAAGUUGAAGAGCAACUAUUUAACAGUUAGGUCUUAUAAAUGAAUAUGUGGAUUCAGUGUGGCACUGCAUAUUUUACAUAACAAUAAUUAUUCAAUUAAUUUUCAUAAAUCUGUAAGAAAAACAGUGUAAACAAUGUAUCUACCAGAGAGCUAUAUAUUCAUGUUAUUUUACAGAUGUGAAAAUAAAGCGCCCUAGAAAGGCCAUCAUCAGUACCAUAAAGCCUUUGAUAAAGGCAUUGAUUGUCAUCUUUGAUAGAUAUGUUCAUCAACUAGCUGUUUGAUGGACUGUAUGUUUUGUAAAGGGACAGUAUGCAAUUCAAAUAACAGCAUCUAAUUUUAAAUAAACUUUGUACGCUUCUCAAAA